AUGGCGAUGGGCUGUCAGUGGUCGCGUCGAGCGAGUCAGAGUUGCUUCCAGAUGUCAGUGGUGACGCUCGGCACACAGCGGGCACAUCCCGAGGGCCAAUAAAACCACCUUUGAUAUUUUCAGCAGCGGUGUUAGGCAGUGAAGCGGACUUUAGUGCACUAUGUCUCUACUUUGUGUGAGAGUUAAGAAAGCCAGCCUCAGGGGAUCACCAGAUAAAUUUAACACUUAUGUGACACUGAAAGUACAGAAUGUUAAAAGUACUACAAUAGCAGUGCGAGGGGAUCAGCCUUGUUGGGAGCAAGACUUCAUGUUUGAGAUCAGCAAGUUGGACCUUGGUUUGAUUGUUGAAGUCUGGAACAAAGGGUUAAUCUGGGAUACAAUGGUGGGCAAUGUGUGGAUACCACUGAAGAGCAUUCGACAAUCUGACGAGGAAGGACCAGGGGAUUGGUCGACAUUGGAUGCAGAAGUUUUAAUGAAGGAAGAUGAGAUAUGUGGAACCAAAAGUCCAACACCACAUAAAAUCCUGUUAGAUACUCGUUUUGAAUUGCCUUUUGAUAUCCCAGAAGAAGAAGCAAAAUAUUGGACGCAGAAGCUAGAGCAGUUGAACAUCAUAAGGGACCAUGAUGAGUACCCAAUUCGGGAAGAAGUCCAGAAGAAGCCUUUGCCCACUGCUCCUUCCCAGUGUUCCCUUGAAGAUCCUGACAGUGCUGUUGAUGAUAGAGACAGUGAUUAUCGUAGUGAGACCAGUAACAGCAUUCCACCUCCCUUUCAUACCACCUCCCAGCCCAAUGCAUCUGUUCAUCAGUUCCCUGUUCAGUCAAGAUUUCAGCUCCAAGGAAGUUCACAGGACUCCUAUGUUGAUACAGUCCCAAACUAUGAUCUAGAUUACCGUGAAAAAAAAGGAAUCAGACGAUAUGAUAGCAUAGAUUCUGCUGCAAAUGGCCGUAGUGAUCUAGAGUCUGCAUCUGAGUCUAGUCAGCUAACCAGCCGCCAGUACUCCCUCGAAAGUAGGCAGUCUCUAGAUCUGUCCGAUAGUCCUACAGGAAGUAGCAGAUAUGGCUCAUCAGGAAACCUCAGCCAAGGCAGUUCUCAACUCAGUGAACUUGAUCAUGAUAAUGAAAACAUCCAUGAGUCUGGAGUGGAUGAUAGACGAGAUCAAGAGUCAUAUCACUCUCAUCACAGCUCAGGUACACAGGAAUGGUACAAUGAAGCUGAUAAACAACCAGGACAUUUGAAUGAAAACAGGAUUGAUGAACAUUAUGAAAAUUCCAGAAAAGUGAAUGAAGCUGCACUUGCUACUCCCCUCCCUAAUACCUCCCCCCAGCUGGAGAUGAUUGCAAAACCACAUGAUAGUUACAAUGAUGAAGAUAGUAUUCCUGUAUUUCCUCCUGCUCGAGCACGCUGGAUUCGAGCCAUUAACAAAGUCCGUAUGCAGAUCCAAGAGGCUCAGCUUGGAGGUGAUGGUGAUCCAUCAAAAUCAUCCUGGUUUAAAGGAGGGACUGGUGGUGGUCUGUUUGGUAUUGACAGUAUGCCAGACCUACGAAAGAAAAAGCCCAUCCCACUUGUUAGUGACCUGUCACUUGUACAAUCAAGAAAAGCUGGCAUUACCUCUGCAAUGGCUACUCGUACUUCCCUAAAAGAUGAAGAGCUGAAAAAUCAUGUUUAUAAGAAGACCCUUCAAGCCUUAAUUUACCCCAUCUCUUGCACUACCCCACACAACUUUGAGGUCUGGACUGCCACAACACCUACCUACUGCUAUGAAUGUGAGGGAUUGCUAUGGGGUAUUGCUCGUCAGGGAAUGCGGUGCACUGAGUGUGGGGUAAAGUGUCAUGAAAAGUGCCAAGACUUACUAAAUGCCGACUGUUUACAACGUGCAGCAGAAAAAAGCUCCAAACAUGGUGCAGAAGACAGAACACAAAAUAUUAUUAUGGCAAUGAAGGACAGGAUGAAGAUCCGAGAACGGAACAAACCAGAAAUCUUUGAGUUGAUCCGAGAUGUCUUUGGAGUAACAAAAGUUGCGCAUGCACAGCAGAUGAAGACUAUCAAACAAAGUGUACUUGAUGGAACAUCCAAGUGGUCAGCAAAGAUUACUAUAACUGUGGUGUGCGCUCAGGGACUUCAAGCAAAGGAUAAAACUGGGUCCAGUGACCCUUAUGUCACUGUUCAGGUUGGCAAAACCAAGAAGAGAACAAAGACCAUCUAUGGAAACCUGAAUCCUGUGUGGGAGGAGAAAUUUUAUUUUGAAUGCCACAAUUCCUCUGAUCGAAUCAAAGUAAGAGUGUGGGAUGAGGAUGAUGACAUUAAGUCACGUGUUAAACAGAGGCUAAAACGGGAAUCUGAUGAUUUCUUGGGACAAACUAUCAUUGAGGUUCGGACACUAAGUGGUGAAAUGGAUGUCUGGUAUAAUUUGGAGAAAAGAACAGAUAAGUCUGCAGUCUCAGGUGCUAUUCGAUUACAGAUCAGUGUUGAAAUCAAAGGUGAAGAGAAAGUCGCUCCUUAUCACAUUCAGUAUACCUGUCUGCAUGAAAACCUUUUCCACUGUCUCACAGACCUACAGAGUAGUGGUGUUGUAAAAAUACCAGAUGCAAAAGGAGAUGAAGCAUGGAAGGUUUACUUUGAUGAAACUGCACAAGAGAUAGUGGAUGAAUUUGCAAUGCGUUAUGGAAUAGAAUCCAUUUAUCAGGCAAUGACGCAUUUUGCUUGUUUAUCUUCUAAAUACAUGUGUCCGGAGUGCGCGAUGGUAAUGAGUACCUUGUUAGCUAAUAUCAAUGCAUACUAUGCACACACCACUGCCUCUACCAAUGUGUCUGCCUCUGACCGCUUCGCAGCUUCAAACUUUGGGAAAGAAAGGUUUGUGAAACUGCUUGAUCAACUGCACAAUUCACUUCGCAUUGACCUUUCCAUGUAUAGGAAUAAUUUUCCUGCAAGUAGCUCUGAACGGUUGCAAGAUCUGAAGUCCACAGUUGAUCUGCUGACUAGUAUAACCUUCUUCAGAAUGAAGGUGCAGGAAUUGCAGAGCCCACCUCGAGCAAGUCAAGUGGUGAAGGACUGUGUGAAAGCUUGCCUCAAUUCAACUUAUGAAUACAUUUUCAACAACUGUCAUGAAUUGUAUAGUCGUGAAUAUCAGACUGAUCCAAGCAAAAAGCAAGAGCUUCCUCCUGAGGAACAGGGACCCAGUAUUAAAAAUUUGGAUUUCUGGCCUAAGCUCAUCACUCUAAUAGUGUCCAUUAUUGAAGAGGACAAGAAUUCAUACACUCCAGUACUUAAUCAAUUUCCUCAAGAGCUUAGUGUAGGCAAGAUAAGUGCAGAAGUCAUGUGGAACUUAUUUGCACAGGAUAUGAAAUAUGCCAUGGAAGAGCAUGAGAAACACAGACUCUGUAAAAGUGCAGACUACAUGAAUUUGCACUUCAAGGUGAAAUGGCUAUACAAUGAAUAUGUCCGAGAUCUUCCAGCAAUCAAAGGGACGAUACCUGAAUAUCCAGCGUGGUUUGAACAAUUUGCAAUGCAGUGGUUGGAUGAAAAUGAAGAAGUUUCACUGGAAUUUCUACAUGGAGCUCUUGAGAGAGAUAAAAAGGAUGGGUUCCAGCAAACAUCUGAGCAUGCUUUAUUCUCUUGCUCGGUGGUGGAUGUAUUCACACAAUUAAAUCAGAGCUUUGAGAUUAUUAAGAAACUCGAGUGUCCCGAUCCAGUGAUUGUUGCUCAUUACAUGAGAAGGUUUGCAAAGACCAUCAGCAAAGUUCUGCUACAGUAUGCAGAUAUUCUUCUGAAGAACUUCAAGUCCUACUGUUCCAAGGAAAUGUUGCCUUGCAUUCUAAUGAAUAACGUACAACAACUCAGAGUUCAGCUAGAAAAGAUGUUUGAAGCCAUGGGUGGAAAAGAGCUGGAUUCUGAGGCAGCUGAAACUUUGAAGGACCUCCAGGUGAAGCUAAACACUGUUCUAGACGAGCUUAGUGAUGUAUUUGGUGUUAGUUUCCAGCCUCGCCUUGAUGAAUGCGUAAAACAGAUGGGAGAUAUCCUAAGCCAGGUCAAAGGUACUGGGAAUGUCCCUGCUACUGCUCGUAAUAGUGUAGCACAGGAUGCAGAUAAUGUGCUUGGACCAUUAAUGGAUUUCUUGGAUGGCAAUUUGACACUGUUUGCCAAAGUUUGUGAAAAGACAGUGUUGAAACGAGUUCUCAAGGAACUGUGGAAAAUUGUGGUGAACACAAUAGAAAGGACAAUUGUUCUGCCUCCUCUAACUGAUCAGUCGGGUACUCAGUUGAUUUUUACAGCUGCUAAAGAACUGGGGCAGUUAUCAAAGCUGAAGGAUCACAUGGUUCGAGAAGAAGCCAGGAGCCUUACACCAAAGCAGUGUGCUAUAAUGGAUUUGGCCCUGGACACAAUUAAGCAAUACUUCCAUGCUGGUGGAAAUGGUUUGAAAAAGACUUUCCUGGAGAAGAGUCCAGACCUUCAGUCACUGCGAUAUGCACUCUCGCUCUACACUCAGACCACUGAUACGCUCAUCAAAACAUUUGUUCAAUCUCAAACUGCUCAGGUGCAUGGUGGAAAGGGUAUUAGGGUUACCGCUAAUGAGGACGCUCUUCCUGACAAGGGCUCUGGUGUGGAAGAACCAGUGGGUGAAGUCUCCAUACAAAUAGAUCUUUUCACCCAUCCAGGAACAGGAGAGCAUAAAGUAACAGUAAAAGUGGUAGCUGCUAAUGAUCUGAAGUGGCAAACAAAUGGCAUGUUUCGACCAUUUGUGGAGGUCACAAUGAUUGGUCCACACCUUAGUGACAAGAAAAGAAAAUUUACUACAAAAUCAAAGAGCAACAACUGGGCUCCAAAAUACAAUGAGACAUUUCACUUUAUAUUGGGUAACGAGGAUGGUCCAGAUUCAUAUGAACUUCAGGUCUGUGUGAAGGAUUACUGCUUCGCAAGAGAAGAUCGUAUUAUUGGGAUUGCUUUAAUGCAACUACGAGAUAUUGUAGAUAAAGGUAGCUGUGCUUGCUGGUGUCCACUAGGCCGCAGUAUUCACAUGGAUGAGACAGGAUUAACUGUUCUUCGAAUACUAUCACAAAGAACCAAUGAUGAAGUGGCAAAAGAAUUUGUCAAACUGAAGUCUGAAUCUCGGUCUGCUGAAGAAGGCAGUUGAAUCUUAGAGGGUUGUUUGUUUCAGAGGCUCGGGUCGCUUUUGUUUCUAAUUUAUACCUCGUGCCAAUAUGUGCAAGUGUUCAACAAUUCUCUUUUGUAAAUGGGACCCUCUGCACUACUCUGUCAUUAUUAAUAAGCCUGUGUUGUAUACCAAUCAAAGUAUAGAUCUUUACGUGAAUUUUAUUUAUUUACAGUAAUCAAAAUAAUAAAUUGUGUUUAGAAAUAAAAGGUUAUUGCUAAAAAAUAGGAUGCUUACAUUUAUGUAAAUAAUUUUAUGAACUGGACUUGAGGCCAUGAGUCUCAAAAUAUUUUUUCACUUUAAUUGAACACUGUGAUACCGUCAUUUAGUGAGAUGAACAACUGAGAAAUAGUAAAAAUAUCCCACACUAAUGCCUAGUGCCUCGGUUUUUCAUCUCUCUCAUAGGAUUGCCAAAGGUUGUCUUUAAGUUGUUGUAGAUAAAAUCAUACAUUCCAUUCAAUAAUACUAAACAUUUAGAAUCCAAUGCUACAUUAGCUAGGUUCUAGUGCAGGAUUAAUUUGUGCUGGGGUCUUUUAGCCACAGAGGUGUUAAGCUUGAAACUUCCAUUGUUGCUUUAUUUUAAAAAAAACUACAAUGUGGAUAAGGCUAUGGAAGAAGGGUUGGCCAAGUAUUUAUUCAACUAUUUUUUCUGAAUAUGUUUCUAAUAAAUUGUGUGAAAAUUAAGCUGAAUUUGUUAUGACUAUUAAUUCUGGAAUUUCUUAGCUAUCUGAAGGUAAGGUCCUUAAAUAGUGAACAUUUUAAAAAUCGUUACAAAUUAUUUUGUGCACUAGUGUUAUUUGUUGAAAUUCUUAAGAGGUGCAUGAAAAGCUAUGCUUCUAUUUUUAAUAAUUUUUUAAAGCAACAUCAUUACAAAAUAAUCUUCUGUGAUUCACAUUCAUGUAUUUGGUAUUAUUUCAUAUGGGAAAAUCAAAAUUCAUUUGGAUGAUGAAUUUCUGAAUUUCCAGUCAUCCAUUAUAAUUUUGGCAAAGGAUCAACGGAAAACCUGAGAAAACUGUUAGGACCUCUGCCAAAUUUGCAGCAGACAACUGAAAGACCCUUACAGACAUUCCGUCCUGUAUGUUAUCUGCACUGGAAAACACUUAUGCUUUUUUUACAUUGCCAUGUAAUGUGCCAUUUCUAUGAAACAAAGUAUUGUAAUUAAUACA